UUCAGCUGCAUUAUUGACUUGGAGGGACAAAAGCUUGCGGAGCGUAUUAUGCAUAUUAUAUUGCAAUUUAGUUGUAUCUUUGGUUUUUGUCUUGGGUAUUAUAUGGAGCAACUUUCAAUAAGUGUUGGAAUAGUGUUGGCUGGCCUCGUACUUUGCAUUAUCCUUGUACUGCCACCUUGGCCGAUAUACAGGAAACAUCCAUUGAAAUGGCAAAAGUCUACUGAAUCCCACAAAGGCUGA